CAUGCUCGGCGUUCCCUACCGGGCUGUGGACCCGCGCGCUCCAAGAGCUUGUGUCGCUCUGCCCUGCAUCCAGUCCCGGCAUCCCGCGCCCGGCCAUGACGGCGCACUCGUUCGCCCUCCCAGUCAUCAUCUUCACCACUUUCUGGGGCCUCAUCGGCAUCGCCGGGCCCUGGUUUGUGCCGAAGGGACCCAACCGCGGAGUGAUCAUCACCAUGCUGGUAGCUACUGCUGUCUGCUGUUACCUCUUCUGGCUCAUUGCCAUCCUGGCUCAGCUGAAUCCCCUGUUUGGGCCGCAGCUGAAGAACGAAACCAUCUGGUACGUGCGCUUCCUGUGGGAAUGACUUGCUGCUGACUCUGGCCCCAGGUAUCCCAGCUCUCUGGAUGACCCUGGCUCAACUAUACCUGAUGGCCCCUUUAUCCCUCCCCUUUCCUCACAGCUAUGUCCUAGUCCUCCUCUGGCCAGCUCCCUCCUGCUGGCAGCCUGUGAUCCACACCUAUAGGGCCUGCCUAUUCUACAGAGGGGGAAGUGCCACCUUCCCAGCCAGUCCAGGCCCUCUGGGAAAGCCUUGAGUGCAGAAUGGGGCUAGAACUGGGGAUAGCCUCUUAAAUUCCUACUGCUCCAGAAUUUUCCCUCCCUCAUAAGUAGGGCCUGGCUAAGGACCUGGGACAGGUGAGAUCUUUCUUUUACAAAUGGUGCAGAAGCCAGGACUCAACACAGCCCAAGGGAGGACAUAUGUCCUUCUAAAGAAGGGACAUCCAUCCCAGGGUGCUUCAAGCCAGGUGGGGAGUCAGGUACCUAGGUCACUAUCUUUGCUACAUUUUAAAGAGCAACUUGUUAUUUGGGUCAAGAUUGAAACCUGGAUGUUUAGCAUCCUUUGUAGUUAUAAAGUCACUUACAUUGGC